AUGUCUCACCUAACCGAAUUUGUGCAAAGACCCGAUUUUGGUCGCUUGGGAAAAGGAAUAAGGGUUCGCUCCAACUUUUUUGAAGUUUUUUCCCUCCCGAAGGAUAAGAUCAUCCAAUACGACGUCACGAUCACCCCUAACGUUCCCCCGGCGUUGAAUAGAAAGAUCUACGCGGAAUUUGAGAAGGAAAACCUCGCCUCAACUCUUCACCAUACUCGAGUCGUCUUUGAUGGGCGCAAAAAUAUCUUCGCAUCUCGUCAACUACCCUUUGGAGAGGUGGCCACAUUUGAUGUUACGCUUCCUGAAAAUGACGGCUUCGUAUCUACAAGACGAACUCCUAGGGCUUUCAAAAUUAAGAUGAAGAAGACUAGUGUGAUCAUUAUGGAAGAGCUUCAUCGAUUUCUUGAAGGCCGAGGUCGAUUAACACCGAACUGCUUGACCGGUAUCAUGGCCAUCGAUGUGCUUAUCAGGCACCUUCCUUCGAUGAAAAGUGUCACCGUUGGUCGUUCGUUUUUCACAAGGGAUGAUACUACCGCUCUCGCAGGAGGCAUCGAAAUCUGGCAGGGAUACUAUCAAUCAGCGCGUCCAGCGAAAGGAAAAAUCAUGAUCAACGUCGAUUUGAGCGCAACGGCAUUCUACGAAGCGGGCCCACUAGUAACGCUGAUUACAAAGUUGCUAGGUCGACGCACACCUGACGACCUCCGACGAGGGAUAACCGAAAAGGAACGUAUUAAACUCGAAAAAUCAAUAAAGAACUUGAAGAUUAAAGUCAUACAUCGAGGGGAGGUCACCUCCAAACGCCGUUUCAAGAUCAAUAAGAUUACCGCAACCUCUGCAAAUCAAACGAUGUUUAAUGCCGGCGACGGUUCCACUACUAAUGUUGCAGACUACUUCGAGAAGACCUAUAGUCAACGUUUGGCCUAUCCCCACCUCCCAUGCGUCGUUGUCGCAAAAAAUGUUUGUCUUCCCUUGGAAGUUUGCGAAGUGAUCGAUGGACAACGUUAUAUUCGCAAACUCAAUGAAAGACAAACGGCCGAUAUGAUCAGGUUCACCUGUCAACCGCCUUAUUUGCGAGCCAAUAAAAUUCUGCAGGGUGUAGACACUCUUAAUUAUCGUGGUAACGAAUACCUGCAACAGUUUGGUGUGAAUGUCUCCAAUGAUAUGGUCGUGACCCCGGCACGUGUCCUCUCGGCACCUACUCUUCAGUAUCAUCCCACUUCUCGAGAACCUUCUAUCGUUCCGCACGAGGGAUCGUGGAACAUGAAAGGUAAGAAAGUUGCUCAGGGGGCUACCCUCGGUUCCUGGUCGAUUAUUGCUUUUGGGUCCGAUAGUGAAUUUCCCCAUCGAGCGAUUCAGGCGUUCACGCGUGAACUUGUUAUCACAUGUCAAGAAAAUGGAGUGAAUAUUCCCAACAGGACACCCCCGAUAAUGCAUUCUAACCCGCAGGGGGAUAUCGAGGCUACCCUCAAGCAAUCAUGGCUUCGUGCCGGUAAUGCAGCCAAAGCGCAACCUCAAUUGAUCUUAUGUAUCCUACCAAACACCGGCGUCCCUCUUUAUGCGGAGAUCAAACGAGUCACCGAUACCAUCAUUGGGGUACCCAGUCAAUGUAUUCAAGGUCGUCACAUGAUGCAAGCGAAGAAACAAUAUUGUGCGAAUGUCUGUCUUAAACUUAAUGUCAAACUUGGAGGGAUGAACCUUUACAUUACUCCCACACAAAUCCCCUUUAUUUCUGACCGCCCAACAAUUCUGUUGGGUGCUGACAUUUCUCAUCCCGCUGCCGGCGAUCCCUCCCGUCCGUCUGUUUCUGCUGUUUGCGCUUCGUUGGACGCAAGGGCAUCGCGAUACUCUGCGACAAUCCGGAUUCAAACAGGACGCACCGAAAUAAUCGCCGAUUUGGCCUCUAUGGUAAAAGAUCUCUUGAAAAACUUUUAUCAAACUUGUGGUAGAAAACCGGAACGGAUUCUGUUUUAUCGUGAUGGCGUCUCCGAGGGUCAAUUUACUCAAGUGAUGAACGGUGAAAUUAAUGCAGUAAGGAUGGCGUGCGCUUCGCUGAGCGAAACCUAUAAGCCAUCCAUCACCUUUGUGAUCGUCCAGAAACGUCAUCAUAUACGCUUUUUUCCUUUGGAUAAAAAAGAUGCGGAUAGGACCGGAAAUUGCCUCCCCGGGACUGUAGUUGAAUCAACGAUUACUCAUCCAUUUGAAUUUGAUUUUUAUAUUCAAAGCCACGCAGGCCUACAAGGUACUUCUCGGCCCACGCAUUACUACAUCUUAUACGAUGAAAAUCAAUUUUCUGCGGAUGGAAUUCAAGCGUUAUCUUAUAACCUGUGCUAUUUAUAUGCGCGUUGCACUCGUGCGGUAUCUUUGGUACCACCGGUUUAUUACGCGCAUAUCGUCUGUCGGCGCGCUAGAUUUCAUUCGCGUAGCGAACAUUGGAGCGACACCGAAUCUAGCGAAGAAGGCGCCGGACAAGCUUCCAGUUUUGCCAUAGUGAAGCCUGAGUUAGCGAGGGGUAAAGAAAAACCGGAUGUAGAAGACUUAAAUCCGACACAACAAUCAACGCCUUCUU